CUCAUAUCAUACUUUGACGCCACCCUUGGAUCGCAUCAUGGCGACAAGCUUGCCGCGCAUCCUGGUGCUUGGCGGCGUGGGCAUGAUCGGGCGAAACUUCGUCAAAUACUGUGUGGACAAUGACCUCUGCAGCUAUAUCCGUGUCGCGGACAAGUCCAUGCCCGAGAUCUCGUACUUUAGUGAACGGCACAAGGCAGCGUUUGCUUCCGACAUUGUCGAGUACGUGCAAGCCGACUUGACCCGGGAUGCGCAUGUAGAUCGCGCGUUCAAAGCGGACACCGGGCCCUACGACUAUGUAUUCAACUUGGCGGGCGAAACCAAGUGCGGCCAAGCCGAGUCCGUCUACAGCUCCAAGUGCCGCGACUUGGCCGUGAAAUGCGCCAGGAAAGCCCGGGACAUGCACGUGAAGACCUUUGUGGAAGUGUCCACCGCCUACGUAUACAAGUCUCAAACGAAAUCGCCAGCCGACGAGCGCGCCAAGCUGGACCCGUGGACCCUCCAGGCCAAGUACAAGCUCCAGGCAGAGGAAGAGUUGCGCGCUCUGGACGACCUCCACGUCGUGUUUGUCCGACCUGCGACAGUGUAUGGGUCGGGGGACGUCGGCGGUCUCAUGCCGCGACUGGUGUGCGCCGCCGCGUACUCUGCGCUGGGCGAGAAGAUGAAGCUGCUGUGGGAUGGGGAAAUGCGUGUCAACACUGUGCACGUGCUGGACGUAUGCAAGGCUCUGUGGCAUGUGGCUCGAGUUGGAGCCCCCCACGAAGUGUACAACCUGGCCGACAAGUCGGAUACUAGUCAACGCUCGAUCAACCAGUUGGUCGAGGCCUUGUUCGGCGUCGAGACGGGGUUUGUGGGCGUGUUGGUGUCCAAUCUGGCCAAGUUGCGACUGGACGAUGUCGUGGACACUGCCAAUGAAAAGCACAUGAAGCCGUGGUCUGAUCUGUGCCACGCCCACGGCGUGACCAACACGCCGCUGACGCCGUACAUGGACAAGGAACUACUGGGCCACAACCACUUGUACGUGGACGGGACCAAGAUCGAAACCACUGGCUUUGAGUAUACGUAUCCUUCCGUGCAACUGGAUCAAGUGCGGGCGCUCGUGCAAGAUGCCAUCGACCAACGCAUGUUCCCACCCGUGCUGGCCUAAGCGAUAUAUCUGAAUGAAUGGACAGCAUCGCACCCACCUUGAGGACAUGUGACACUGUUGAACCUGAAUGCUUGGUUGUGCCAAGGCUGUAGACUUCACGUGGGGUGUGUGUGUAGUCGUGAAUAAUAAUAAUAUUGGUUCCGCCUGCACAAGAUA